AUGGAGAACGCGAGUGCGCUACAUAUCCCCGAGCUUGUGCGGCUCAUCGCGCAGAUGUUCGAUAUGCAAAGGGACACCGCUGCUCUCAUUGCCACUUCCCGCUUCUUCUACCGGGUGGCGUGGGAUCUCCUUUGGAGACACAUUCCAAGUCCCCUCACCGUUCUUUCUGUCCUACCCUCCGAGACCCUUGUCAGUAAAUCCGGGCAUUUGGGCGAGACUCUCAGCAUCUCGCGUUAUCUCCGAGACGACGAAUGGGAAAGACUGGGGAAACUCGCGAGCUGCGUACAGGCUAUUGGUACCUCCGAGUAUCCUCCUUCUCCACAUCCGCAAGAUAUCUCGGGGACCUACCUUCUCGAGACUCUCCACAACCCCCGUUUCAUCUUCCCAAAAUUGACUGAAGUUCACUGGCACAUGGAUCUUGCCCAUUCCUACGAACUUCUCGUCAGACUUCUCAACCCAUCUCUCUCGACCCUGGCCAUCCACACCUAUCCUCAGCCCGACACAUCAAUCUCCGCACUUCCUCUUCUAGUUCCGAGGCUGCAACAUUUCACACUCGGCGCCGAGGACGAGGACCCAGCCCCACUCUCUUCCGCCCUAGUAUCUUGGAACGAGCUUCGGAGUGUACAGUGCGGCGCAAUCGAUGCUCAGGCCAUGUGGCAUCUCGCAGUAUCCACCCAGCUCGAGUCUGCGCACUUUGCCGUGCACCCAAGAGGCGUCGACGCGUUUAGCAGCCGCCUGGCAUCGAAUCCGCCCUCCAAUGCUAUUUCAUUCCCCCAAGCCUCUUACCUACGAUUUGUCCAUUAUCCUAUGCACGAGGUCGGCAACGAGCCACACCAGCCGAUCCUCACGAAAUUUCUCGGCUGUAUCCGCAUCGCGCCAGUUACACUUGAGCUCGAAGUUUGGCCCGUCUUAUGGCCAGAUUCGAUGCUCAAUCUCUUCACCGCAAUAUCGCAGCACUGCGACCCGGGCCGUUUAUCCCGGCUCGCUGUUUUCGAAGUCCCGAAUGAGCCAUACAAUAUUUACACGGAUGAAGAGUAUGCGCUGUCAUUCCACGACCUCGCUCCGCUUUCGGCACUUCCCAAUCUCGCCAAUGUCUCUUUUGAUACGCGAAGGCGCGUAACGCUGAACGACGAGCAGCUCUUAGCGCUCGCUCAAUUCUGGCCUCAGCUCGAAGAGCUCAAGAUAAACGAGACGACGGGCUGGGGAUCUCCACAUGUCCCCCAUGUCACGUUCGGUGGUCUCCGGGAUUUUCUACAACUAAGGCCCAGGCUGAGGUCGCUCGCUCUCGCUCUGGACACGACGAGCAUCGAAUUCAUGGACUUUGACAAUGCCAAGGUGCUGGACACCGAGUUGGACGUCUUGGAUGUCCUUGACUCUGUUCCCGUGGCCGAGCAAUCCGACGCGGUUGCCUCUGUUUUGUGUAGGAUUGCUCCGCGUCUGUCGUUUCUCCAUUCAUGGCAAAAUGACCUCACAGUUUUGGAUGAAGCAGAAGACUCGGAGGCUUGGUGGGACGAUGUUGUACUAGCGAUUCGUAUGCAUAGGGCUAGAGCGAAAGAUGAUAGACCACGGGUUCUAGGCUGGACUCCUGAGUCGGGGAAGUAG